GAACAGGGAAAAAGACGCGAACCGCGCCCGCACUGUUGAGCUGCAUUCAAGAUUGCAAACGACAUAACGGCGCAAUAUAACAACACGUUGCAGAAUACCUUAAACAGUUUCGAGAGGUUGUGUUUCCGUCAAAUUUCUGUCGGGUUUCGCCGUGUAUUUGCUGUACAUUUGUGAAGUGGAUGUGACUAUUGGACAUCUUGCGUCAGUGAUCCAACUUGUUCACACACAGUCCUGAUUCAGUUGAGGAUGGCUUCCCGUGGAAAGUCAGAAACUAGCAAAUUAAGACAGAAUAUGGAGGAGCAACUUGACAGACUGAUGCAGCAGCUUCAGGAUCUGGAAGAAUGCAGAGAAGAGCUGGAUGAGGAAGAAUAUGAGGAGACAAAGAAGGAGACAUUGGAGCAGUUGAGUGAAUUCAAUGACUCCUUGAAGAAGAUCAUGACAGGAGACAUGACUCUUGUGGAUGAGCUGAGUGGAAUGCAGCUGGCGAUCCAGGCAGCCAUCAGUCAAGCCUUCAAGACGCCAGAGGUGAUCCGACUGUUUGCUAAGAAGCAGCCAGGACAGCUCCGAACAAGACUGGCGGAGAUGGACCGAGACGUCAUGGUGGGGAAGCUGUCUCGGGGUGUGUACACCCAGCAGAAGAUGGAGGUGCUCACAGCUCUGAGGAAGCUGGGAGAGAAGCUAACAACGGAGGAUGAGACUUUCCUAGCAGAAAACGCAACUGCUACUUUAAGCCAAUUUGAAAAAGUGACAAUGGGAUCUGAAGAUAAAAUAUUGGCUUUAGCUAGUUCUGGUGUGAAAACCAAAGUGUAACAAUUGUACAAAAUGUUUUAUUUUCAUGUGAGGCGAUUGCUUUUACCAAGAUAGAAAACAACACACGGUUGUUUUGUUGUAAAUAAUUUUAAAUAGUAUUCUCGUUUACACCUCCGUUUUUUAAAUGGUGUAUUCUCAUAGUAGUCUCGUAGUACAAGAAUGUGAAAAAAGAUGUACUGUUAUUUAUUAUUGCUUGGCUUGAAUGUUCCCAUUUUAAAACCAUUGGUCUCAAACAUGUUAAUGCAUGUUGAAUGGGUCCCUGACAUAUAUAUAGAAUAUAGGCCUUCCAGACUCUGCAUUCCAAAGACUUUAUGUAGCCUCAUUGUUUGAGCGAUACGCUCUUGGUAGAAUCAACAGACCCAGGUAGGCUUGGAGGUCUACCAGGUCUAAUUCUCUCCAGGUGUCCCCAAACAAAUGCCUCCCCUACACAUUUGUCAUCUCCAGUACGAUUCCUCAAUGAAGUCUAGAAAAAAGGGUUGGCAGCUUAUGUUUAACACUCUCGCUCUACCGCCAUGUCCUGGGGGGGGAUGAAGACCAGAGCACCACUAUUGGACUGAAAUGUCUCCUGAGGUGCCUUUUCUUCAGGUGCCUCUUCCUCUCCGUCUGUCGACUGGUCAGUCUCCUCAAAGUCUGGAUCCAAAGCGGUGUUGUCUUCGACUUCCAAGGCGUCAUCCGCUAUCUCUGGUUCAACUUCAGUGCCCUCUUCAUCUUGUUCUCGAAUCUGGUCCAGAGCCUCUCUUACAGUUGCCUACUCAUUGUGCUCGGACUAAAAGGAGUGCGAGGCAAACAUCAAGCUAUAUUUUGGUGGUCUGUGUUUAUGGCGAUUACUUUUGCCCGGGAACACGACAGGUGUAACAAGGUUGAGUAAACCACUAAAAAUUCAAGUGUGAAUAAUGUGGAGGUGUCAGGGAAAAUCUCCAUAGAUAACCAAGACAAGUACUGGACUGUAUAACUUUCAAGAAACAGACUCACACCAGCCAAGAUUGUCUUUUCACUCGCGAGGGACAGCAGAGCUCACACUCUCGUGCUCACUCCCCCAGGCUGUCGAAACUCUGCUGUUCUCGUCUCCUUUUUAUUAAGGUAGAAGCAAAGUCUCACAGUAGUGGAAAAUAACUGGCGUGUAAGGCGGGGUGCUGUGCCCAUGGCCUACGGCUUUGAUCCUCCCGUUUUGUCAUCAAGGCUCUUGUGACUGCAACUGGUGCUGCAAAUUGCAGGUGCUCGCGCUCAUGGCCGCAGCACAUUCUCUCACACGGGAAAAUGUGUGGGUGUUUAGUACAUUUUCAUAACAAAAACCUUCACAGCGAUAGCUCUUAAGUAAAACAAAUUCUUUCACAGGAGGCUAUCAUGAAGCCCUAAGGAAAUCAGAUAUAAAACGCAAUAUUUAGGAGUGGUUUAAUUUGUAAAUCGGUCAGAUUUGACAGGAACACGACAGGAAGGUUAAAAUUGAUAAGUUAUUAAUUUAUAAGUUCAUUGAUUUAUAACACUUUUAAAUUAUGACUACUUGUAAAAUUACAACUUUCUAUAAAUGUCACAACUCUGUUUGGCAUGUUUUAUUUAAAUUUUCCAAUUGUACUCUGAAUUUUUUCUUUUCAUAUCUCCACUUUAUACUUUAAAAUUGCAACUGUUUAAUUCAAUGAAAAUGUUGACAGCUUAACUCCCUUAAGAAUUUUCUCAUGUUAGGACAGUUUCCUUGCAAUUUUACAACUUUUGUCUUGUCAUCCUGUUGGAAAAGUACAAUUUCAGUCUUGCAAACAAUUUAUUCUGGUACGAUUGUGACCUUUUUCCUAAUUUUUAGGAACAUUGUAUUGGUAUUGUGUGAUCUUCUCUUAAGAUUGAUUGUAUUUUUGUCAUGUUUUCUCAGUGAGUAAUAAUCACUAUAGUAAUCUUAGCGCUUGAUGCCUUUACUAUAGAUCAGUGGUUCCCAAACUUUUCAGUCGCGUACCCUUUCAGCCAUUUGACUAGGAGCCAAGUACCCCCUACUCCUGCACACUUAAAAACCAUAAACCUCUUUUAAUCUUCAUUAACGUGAAAUAUUGAACAUGAUGCAUUGUUUAAUUCAUUUUACAGUAACUAAGUAAUUCUGGUUCCAAAAUGUGUAUUUUGCGUGGUCAAAUUUUGAUCAAAGUUUUACAUGAGCACUGACAAGUAGGUAAUCAUAUGUUCAUAUCUUCAUAUGUUUUAUUUCAGCCGGAUGUUGGGAUCUUUCCGUUUGAACAGGUUGUACUUGAGCUUCACGUUUGACCACAUGCAAUCGCUAUGAUUUAAGUCUGCAUAUUAAUUACCAAAUUGAAGCAUGAUAACGCAGUACAACCAGCCUCCGCUGUGAGGUGUUCAGGUGCACUCGUAAUCGUGCGUGUUUGGCGCUAAUUCUUUUUCAUUUUAAAUCACACCUAUGACAAUUGGUGUACCCCUGAAGAUAGGUGUACCCCACUUUGGGAACCAAGGCACAGACUAUAAUGAUUGUGGUGUUGUGUUAUUGUUGGAGUUACACAUUACAAUAAAACAUUUUCCUUUCUA